AUGACACAGGUUCCUACUGGAGAAACUGUGACUGCGGCUGAGUUUCGCCUUUUCAAGACUCGUAGCUUCUCAAGGCAUUUCAACAGAACACUUCACAUCAGUGUUUAUGAGAUUCACCGAGACCAUUCAAAUCGACAGCCUGAAUUAACUUUACUGGACCAUGAGAGCAUACAGGCCGGGGAUGAAGGCUGGUUGGUUUUCGAUGUCACAGCUGCUAGUAAUCACUGGUUGCUUAAUGCCAAGUAUAAUGCAGGACUACGUCUUUAUGUGGAGAAUGAUGAGGGGCAAAGCAUUGAUCCAAGUCUGGCAGGCAUCUUAGGAAGACGUGCACCCCGCUCCAAACAACCGUUUAUGGUUACAUUUUUCCAGGCAAAUAGAAAUCAGAUCAGAUCUACAAGAGCAGUAAAGCAGCUGAAGAAACGGCAACAGAAGAAACACAGUGACUUACCACAUCCCAAUAAACUUCCUGGUGUAUUUGACCAUGUACAUGUUCCUGAUGGCAGACAAGUAUGUAAACGACAUGAGCUUUAUGUCAGUUUUCGGGAUUUAGGCUGGCUGGACUGGGUGAUUGCUCCACAGGGGUACUCAGCAUUUUAUUGUGAAGGAGAAUGCUCAUUUCCACUUGACUCUUGUAUGAAUGCCACCAAUCACGCCAUCCUGCAGUCACUGGUUCACCUUAUGAAGCCAGAAAGUGUUCCUAAAGCUUGCUGCGCUCCAACAAAGCUCUCAGCCACCUCAGUACUUUACUAUGACAAUAACAACAACGUAAUCCUAAAAAAGCAUCGCAACAUGGUGGUUAAGUCUUGUGGAUGCCACUGA